AUGGAGUGCGCAUACGCGAAAUGGGAUUUUCAUGAAGAGUAUGCGACAGAAGCCUUUAAGAAAUUUGAUAAAGAUGGUACAGGUUUUAUUUCCGCAUUAGACUUUCAAGACAUCAUGUUCAGUAUUAAGAGUCAUUUACUUACAAAAGAUGUGAAGGAUAAUCUAAUUGCUGCAGUUGGUAUCGGUCAAAGCGGAAGAAAAGUCAGUUUUCCAUACUUUAUGGCAUUCAAUUCUCUUCUAAACAAUAUGGAACUUAUUAAACGUAUCUACUUAAAUGCGACCAACGGUCACAGAUACCAAGAAGUUACCAAAGAGGAAUUUCUUUAUUCUGCACAAAUGAUGUCCCAGAUAACUCCAUUGGAAGUGGAUAUUUUGUUUCACCUUUGCGAUUUACUUCAUCAAACUGGGAAGAUUGUAUACAAUGAUCUUGUAGCUAUUACACCCGAGCAAUAUUUCAAACAGAUUACAAAGCGUGUUGCCGAGAUUAAAGCGGUAUCGAGUCCAGAUGAACGCGGUAUUAUUGUACAAAUCCUCGAAAGUGGUUAUAGAUUCGUGCUUGGUUCCGUCGGUGGAG